AUGGAAUUAGAGGACAUUUAUCAAAAUAUUGAAUGCAGGGAUGAGGAUGAGGAUGAUUAUGUUAAUGAGGACGCACUUGGACCUGGCAAACUGAGUCACAGACCGACUGAACCAAAAGCUCCAAAUCACAGAGGAAGUAGAUGUUUUGUGGUGAGCACAGUGUGGCUUGUGCUCAUAUGUGUUCUUCUGCUGAUCGCCAUUAUAGUGCAACAAAUGAAGAUCACGGCAGAGAGAGAAAUAAAGCUAUACUAUAAAAACAUGGCUGAAGAAUUUAAUGAAAAAAUAAAUAGGUUGCAAGUCAAUUACAGCGAUAUAACAAUUGAAAAAGACCAAUUGCAGAGCAGCUUCAACUCUUUGAAUCAGAAGAAAUUGGAAAGCAAGGUCAACUCUUCGUGUGACGAACAUCAGAAAAAACAAGUUUGGUUCUUCAUAUCCAGUGAGGAGAAGAGCUGGUCUGAGAGCAGACAGUUCUGCAGGGAUCGUGGUGGAGAUCUGAUCAUCAUCAACACUGAAGAGAAACAGAGGUACGUCAGUUCAUUGGUCAACGGGAGAGUGUGGAUUGGUUUGUCUGACAUCGAGAAUGAGGGCGACAUGAAAUGGGUGGAUAAUUCACCACUGAAGAAAGGGUUUUGGAACACAAAUGAGCCAAAUGAUGAUGAAGGGAAAGAGGACUGUGUUGAAGUGAAUUCUGCAAACCCCUUUCAGAACAGCUGGAAUGAUCUCCCAUGCUCAUUGAAGAGAAAAUGGAUUUGUGAGAAUUAGGUUAGAUCCCCUGAGGCAACUACGUGUUUAUAUUUGUGUUUUUUUGUUUAAGUUUUCAUUAAAUAAUACUUUGAUAGUUCAUCCGGUUCCUCCCUCACUCUCAUCAUUUACUCACCCUCAUGCCAUGACAGAUGUGUUUGACUUUCUUUCUUACGCUGAACACAAAUUAAGAUAUUAAGAAGAAUAUUUCAGUUCUGUUGGUCCUCACAAUGCAAGUAAAGUUCUUAUUUACAUGAAAUCAUCACCUUUAGCAAGUCCCGACCAGUAGGUGGUGAACUGGCGAUACGCACCAAGAAUGCAAUUGCACCCAAAAUGAGGAUGAGUAAAUGAUUUUUUUGGGAGAAUUUAAAUGAGAGAAUUUUUUUGGGGGGUAAACUAUCCCUUUAAUCCUCUGGUAGUAACCUGAACAACGCACAGCUCUUCAUGAACUGGGAAAACUUUGCUUUGAUAAUCGCCUCACUCAGACACUAUAACCAUUAAACUCGAAUGUGUCACAUGGCGAAGUGGUGUGUUAUGCCAAAGAAACGAUAUAAAUUGUUGAUGUUUACUGCCAUUUUUUUAAUGGCCGAUGCCAAUACCAAU